UCGCCCCACUAAAGUCCUGCGUCAGAAAUAAAAGUAUUUGGUGCGUGUUGGUUCCUGCACGCGCCUCUCCUUCUGCCAGCGGGAGAGUCUGCAUUCCUGCUCCUGCUGUGCAUUUCGCGACUCGUCUUGUGCACCCCCCCCGACACACACACACACACUCACACCACGCCGCAUCACGCCACAGCGGUGGGACUGCUCUGCUCGCGCCACAGCAACAUGGAACAGCGCAGAUCAUCCACCAACUCAGCAGACCAUCGCAAAGAACCUCUCACUUGCAGUGACAAAGACCAGUCCAAAGAGUCGCCAUCUGAAAGUGAUGAGUAUCAGCACAAAGAACCACCGUGUCGUAGUGACAAGGAGCAGUCGAAAGAAUCGCCAUCUCCUAGUGACACGAAUCAGUCCAAAGACUCCCCUGGAGACAGUGACACAGAGCAGCCCAAAGGAUUCCUCGCCAACAGCAAGUAUCAGACCAAAGAAGCUCCCUUUCGUUGUGACACAGACCAUCCUGAAGAUGUUCUCUCUCCCAGUGACACAGACCAGCCCAGCAAUCCAUCAUCUCCCACUGACACUGAUCAGCACAGUGAGCCCCCUUCUCCCAGUGACAUGGAUCCCAGCUCAUCUCCUGCGCAGAGAUCCUCUACCGCAGUCUGUCUGCGUAUGGUUGGCAGUCGUAAGCAGCCUCGUCUUCAGGAGAGGCGGGGCUCCAAUGUAUCUCUGGUGUUGGAUGUGAGCACCCUCGGCACAGUUGAACCUAUGUGCACCAUAUCUACUCCCCGUGACACCAUCCUGCACCUUCUGAGGACCAGCAAGCGCCCCCUGGUUGCAACAGAGCUGCAGGAGGCCUCCCGCCAGAUACAUAUCCUGGACCAGGAGUACCAGAAAAUCCCACCAAACUUUGUCAAUGCAUCUGAGCUGGAUGUUCCUGGGCAUGCCUUAAAGGACAGAUACAAGAGCAUCCUGCCAAAUCCAGAGACCCGGGUUUGCCUGCAAGGAGACCGGACAGAAGCAGAGGACGGAACAUAUAUCAAUGCUAACUACAUCCGGGGCUUCGGUGGAGCACCCAAGAGUUACAUCGCCACCCAGGGGCCCAUGACGAACACUCUGGGGGAUUUCUGGGAGAUGGUCUGGCAGGAGGAAUCCACCAUCAUUGUAAUGAUCACGGAGCUCAAGGACAAGAAGGAGAAGUGUGUGCGCUACUGGCCCGAGCACCGCAGCCAGUAUGGCAGGGUUAGUGUGGAGGUGAUCUCAGAGCAGCUGUGCGAUGGCUACACAGUUCGAGAGCUCACGGUCCAGGUGGGCUCCGAUAGCAGGUGGGUGAGGCACUACUGGUACUCGCUCUGGCUGGACCACCAGAUUCCGGAGUGCGCCGACACCCUCCUGAGGCUGGUGCUGGAUGUGCAGGCCCACAAACGCACCCUGAGCAAGUCUGGGCCCACGAUAGUGCACUGCAGCGCAGGCAUCGGCCGCACCGGCUGCUUCAUUGCCUGUAGCGUGGGCUGCGAGCAGCUGCAGCGGGAUGGCGAGGUUGACAUCCUGGGCAUUGUCUGCCAGCUGCGACUGGACAGGGGCGGGAUGAUCCAGACCAGCGAGCAGUACCAGUUCGUCUACUCGGCCCUGGCCUUGUACAGCCAGAAGCUGAGCGCCAGCACCGAGCCCACCGCUGGCCUCAGUGACCGGCCGCACUCAUCCUGCUGAGGAGACGGGCUCCGCUGCACGGUCACGCCGGGAACUCCCUCGCUGCGUGGCGGGGGCCCUACUGUGGUGCUCAUGCUGAACAUGGGGUCCCUCAGCUCAGGUUCCGCAGCCCUGUUCACAGAGGAAUGAACGAGCAGGACACUCUCAGGGCGAACGUGAGCUAUUUAUUGCUCUAAACACAUUAUCGUUUCCCUUUUCAAGAUGUGCUGAAACAGGACUUACGAACACAACUGGGCCUGGGGGGCAGUUCGUAACUCAUUUUCUUUGAAAUUCCAAAGUAGGAUUACUGAUGCAGACUUCCCUCAGCUUAUUUACAGGUGAAGCUCUGUAAACAGCUUUGAUAUAGCUUAUAAUAAAGAAAAAGAAAUUGAGCAAGAUUCAAGCUAGUUUAAAACUACUUAGAAAUGACAAAAAAUGAAAAAUGCCCAUUCGGGGCUCGUCGCAGACAGUCUGAUCCCCUAAAAACGUGUGUAAUUGUGUUCCUCUUCUUGUUAUUGAUGGCCGAUGCUCAGGAACACCGCACCCAAGCUGUAAACACUUUGGCAGCGAGUUGAGUUCAUGUGGCCUCAUACUCCUCUUUACUGCCGUCCGUUGGCUUGGAGGGUAAAUACAGGUUGACGUCAAAGUGCUGCAAAGACAUUUUACAAAAUAGAUAAAUGAGGAAAAUGCAAUUAAUAUUAAAGUAACUGGAAAAUUACCUUGAAAGUUCAUUACUUCAGAGAUCAUAACGAGGAUCCAGCGCACAGUAGAAGUGUUGCUUAAUGGGGACGAUUUUCCAUUAUACCAUGGUAAAAUGCAUUGCGACUCAGCAGUAUUUGCACUAGAAGGUCCCUAUAUUUUUCGUGUUAGUCUGAAUUCGGCUACAGGAGAAGAAGCCCUCACCCUAAGAUAUGAAUGUGAACAAACCCUGACCUCUGACCCUACGAGACCUCAUACUCGUUCAGUGAAUGUCUACAGCACAGACCAGAUGC